CCACUUGAGGUCGACCUAUACCUAUUUUUCCUCCAUUUAAGCCAUGCAAUUAAUUCGCAAGAGGCUGUGAAAUGCUUCCCUACAGCUGGGUCUCACCUACAGUACCCGUGAACGAGCCGUCCAUCACUAGAUUGGUGGUGAAAUACCAAGAAAAGAAGUUCAUUGUGUUAGUACCUAGUGAUGCUACAUUCAAGGAUGCCAAGUCAGAGAUCUCACGAGUGUACAGAGGAAUCUACAAAUCAUCUGCAGAGGAACCUGUGGCUGAGCUGUGUGAUAGCAGUGGGUGUGUCCUGUACGAUAACUACAAGGUCACGAUGGUCCUCGCUGACAUGUCGAGAGUGUAUGCAUUCAAGCGAUCCGAGGAUAACUACAUAUCUCGAGCAGGGACCCCAAUGCCGUUUAGUACACCGAUGUCUGCACACCCACCAGCGCUGAACGCUAUGGGAGCGCCCAACUUCACACCAUUCUCGACUGCCGACCCUCUGCUUGCUAUGGCAACCUCUCAUCAGAUGCAAAUGACCUCUGCCCCCAACCCUCCAACUCAAGUACAAAGCUCUACUCCGAAUAUGAACUCUCCCGUUAAUGCACCCAUCCACUCUGGCUACGUGGGGAGACGACGUGGUAGAGACAUACCUCCAUACACUGGCGAUUCGUUGAAUAACUCUCGAGACUAUGAUCUGAGUAUCCAUGGUGAUACAAGUGCCACUCCUCGUACAGCUGGCGUUGACGUCAGACUUGACUUCAAUACUCUAGAUUAUGAAUCACAGAGCGACUGCGGACGUACCAGAAACGAAAGUACUAAUUCAAAUCGCUUAUCUGUUGCGGCAAAGCAAAAACGAAAGCGAUGUAAUGUGAAUACAUCACUGAGAGCAACUUCGAAACCUCGUACGCCAAUCAAAACUCCAAAAAAACCAAAGAAGAGUUUGCCCACCCCCCUCCGAGACAAGACCCGCUAUCCUGGUCUGUCAUCUGAUUGGAGCAGCCCAGAAUUUGAUGGAUCAGAGAGCAAGAAAUUAAAAACCGAUGACAAACCACCAAAAAAGAAAACGAAGCAGACGAAGAAACGAAGUAAAACUCGUUUAGUUGUUCAAAUACCUCUGAAUUUGAUAACUGCAAAGACUGCGAUUGAUAUGAACGGAGACAGUGGUUUCCAUAGCAAUGCAAGAGAUGUAUCGAGUGAUAAAGACUCUUCAAGAGAAGCUAGUCCAAAGGAGCACAGCGAUCAUGGAAAUGACAGUCCAGCUACACCGGAAUCAACGUCAACAAGCAAAACCAUAGCCCCACUAGAGGCAAGAAAUGACGACAAAAUGAUUCACAACUCGUCUAUCCUUGCACUGAACUCUGUCCCACUCUCCACACAAGAAGUUAAUGGCGACCAAAAUAACGACGACUCAGAUAUCACCCGUAUAGAGGACACUCAAGAAAACCUCCUCUCUCUCCUACCCUCCAGGUCAAGGUCCAUUAGCCCUUCCAUACCUCUCCAAGGUUCGAUUGACAACCUUCCCCGAAACUUUACGACCGGUGAACAAUCUCAAACCCCAAUCAUCAUUAAUGAAAACAUUGCGUGUGAAGCUAAUGAACACGGAGAUUACACAAACGGUGAAACUAGCACUGAAGUGUGCGACUCAUAUUUGGAAGAUAGCCAGAAGUCAUGUGAUACUACGAUGGAAGUACAGUCCAUGUUUCAGGAUAAAAGUGUGUUUGACUAUUCCUCGGAUUUGUCUGUUAGUAGUUCUGUGAGUAGAAAGCAAUCUCGAUGGAAAAAGAAAUUCCUUCAAGGAAUGAUAAAAAGAAAAAAGUGUCGAUCUUCUGGUGAUGUGCCCUCGUCCAGCAAAAUGGGGAACUCCCCUUCCACUGAGGGGAAAUCCCUUCCAAGGAUGCCUCAGUAUCAGCUGUCUCAUUUAAAGUCCCCCAAAUCUGCUAAGUCAGCUAAGAAUGUGAGAAAACGAGCUGGGCCGACUAUCACUCCUAGAAGGUCGCAAACGGUUUCUGAAAUCCAGGAGAAGAUUGGAUCAAUUAGUGGUGACACUGAAAUGGUGAUCGAUGAAUCGUUGCCAGAACAAAUGGAUACUAAUAACAACCCAGAAGCUGAAAGUGAAAGUCCAUUACCAUGCAGUGCUAUAGUCUCGCAAGCCACACCCCUUCACACGAAGAAAGGUCUUGAUCACACAGAUGAAACUCAACAGCCUGAAUGUAAAUUGGACCCUAGCAAUACAUCAGACCAUUCCAAUGAUCAGACUUCGAUGCCGGCCAAUUCUCAGAACGAAACUACAUUAAUCAUUGACCCUGUACACACAGCUAAUGAAGAAGCUCCCACUAAAAAACCAUCACCCUUGACAACACGUGACAAUUCUCCUUCAGGAAAUGAUGAUUCUACAGAUUCUGAGCCUGAAAACAUGGAAAUCAAAAAUGAAGAAUCUAUCACCACAAAACUAAAACCAUCUCUGUUGAGUUUACACAGCCAAUCUCAUUUAGGAAGCGAUAAUUCUUCAGAUUCUGAGACUGAAAACGAGGCAGUCCAAGAACCAGCUGAUGAAAAACAAGCUCCCACCACAAAACCACCACCCUUAAAGACACAUGACAACUCUCGUUUAAGAAACAAUGAGUCUGACUCUACAGAUUCUGAGACUGAAGACGAGGAACCAGCUAAUGGAGAUGCGGAGAAGCCUGCUGUGGGAUCCUCUCCCCUCUUACCAGCUGAUGAAAAACAAGCUCCCACCACAAAACCAUCACCCUUGAAAGCACAUGACAACUCUCGUUUAAGAAGCGAUGAUUCUGAUUCUACAGAUUCUGAGUCUGAAAACGAGGAACCAGCUGAUAGAGGUGUGGGCAAGCCUGCUGUGGGACCCUCUCCCCUCCCUCAAGAAGCUGUUGAAGAUGACACCACUAACUCGUCUUCAUCGUCAGACUCAGACACUGAGGCACCUAUUAAGACACAAGUUGAUAAUAAUUCUCUUUUGAAGAAAGUUAAACUAACCCAAGAAGAUUCUCCUAAGUCUGCUUUUACACAGGAGAAGAAAGAGGCAAAGCUAUCUCUCAAACUUAAGAGGCCUUCUAGAAAAUCCUCGGAUAGUUCUUCAAAUAGUACGGACGUAGAGGUGGAUGCUGCUCAGCGCACUCAGAAAAACGCCAUUGCCAAGACAAUAUCACCUAUGGACACUUCAGAGUCUUUUAGUGAAGAUGAAGAGGACAGUGAUACUUCCAACACUCCAAGGCUGCCUACUAGGACUCCACCUCUUAGGACUAAGAUGCAAAGCUCUCGAUUCUUGUUCACCUCUCGGGCUAGGAGCGGUGUUAAGUGCACCACAGCUGCUGUGAGUCAGGUGGCCGUGCCUCAGAGGAGAGAUGGGUCCGAGUCAAGCUCUGGGUCAUCCUCCUGCUCUAGUGACAGUGAUGAAGACUCGGGUGGUGCAGGCGUGGUGGGUAAGAAGAGAAGGUCCUUCUCUCUGGCCUCCCUCUUACAGUCUGAGGGCAGCAAUGCCUACCAUCCCACACUACACACAGCCAGUAGCCAACCUCAACAACUGAUCAAGACUAAAUCAUUCUCAUCUCUCAAACCGUUCAAGUCUCCAAGUAACCAAGUGAAGAUCGACCAAUCAGAACACAGAGUGCACAAGAGGGCGGCUAUUCCAGUGAGAGAGGAGCUGGAUGACUUGUCACUGUCGCAACAAGAAGCGGCUGUAGCUAAAACAGGGUCAAAGAACUUGGAACGUUUAUUAAGAACUGAGAAAUUCUGGUGUUAAAUAUAUUGUAUAUUCUUGGUUUUUUAUGGUUUAUUGUUAACUGAU